UCGGAAAACAUUUGUUCAUAGUGCUGCGAGACAAAAUUUCUAUUUGCAAUGAUGAAGGGUUUCGUGGUUGGUUGUUUUCUUAUUCUAAAUGGAGUAAUUGGUUUUCAGUCGCUCGUAGACGUCAAAGUCAAUGAAAAACCUGAAUUAUCCUCUGUAACAACAUCCAAUAAAGUUUCAACCGUUUUACGUGACAUAUUAAACCAAGAGAGCCUGGUCAGGUUUUCUAUGGUACAAAAAAUCCAAGGUUUAGCAAUGGAUGCCAUAGACAAUAAAAACAAUAGUCAAGCCAUGAAAAGGAAGAUUGGUGACAUGAUGUCGGAAUUACAGGCUAGUGCAGAAAAUGACCGGAAAAUAGAAGUGGAGAAUUCGAAAUUCAAAGAAGAAUUAAGGACUAUCAAUGAAACAAACCAAAACCUAAAGGAAGACAACGUUAAGCUGAAUGAACAAAUAGUGGUAUUGAACAGGACGUUAAAAAACACAGUGACUAAUGAACAGUUUGACGUCUUUAAGAAGGAUUUCAACCUGAGUCUACAGAUGAUUGAUACAAAUUUACAGAACUUUACUCUAUCAAUUAACAAAACAGUGGAAAAUUUAAUUACAGAACAAAGAAAUGCAUCCACAGAUCCUUCUAGAGUUGAAAUCUAUUAUGAUUGUGAGAAAAUUCUGGAAAAAAAUCCUAACCUUCUUGGGACUGAUGGUGUAUACAUUAUAGUUCCUGACAACAGAACUUCAGUAAAUGUAAAUGAAGUCCAAGUCUACUGUGACAUGACCACAGACGGAGGAGGAUGGACGGUAAUACAAAGACGAUUUGACGGGAAAACAGAUUUUCAUCGCGAAUGGAAUGAUUAUAAGAAAGGAUUCGGAGACCCUGGCAGAGAAUAUUGGCUAGGAAAUGAUCAUAUCCAUACCUUGACCAGCGGAAGAAACCAGGAACUGCGUAUUGACAUGGGGAAAUUCACUGGAUCCAUGGUGUAUGCUCGGUACUCGCAUUUCUCUGUUGGGAGUGAAUCAUCUAAAUAUAGACUGUCCAUCAGUGGCUACAGCGGAGAUGCAGGAGACAAUAUGAUACAAGCUCAUAACCUGAAUGGUAUGUCCUUCUCAACAAAGAAUAGAAACAAUAGCCGGAUGGGUGGACAGCAUUGCGCCAUCUAUCACACUGGUGGAUGGUGGUACAAUACAUGUACACACUCAGAUCUCAAUGGCGUUUAUCAACCGUCAAAUAAGAAAAAUAGAAAGGGCCUAUUCUGGGGACAGAGUAAUGAAAACAUGAAGACUACUAAAAUGAUGAUCAGAUCCAAGAAAUGAGAGAAAUAUGUUUUCUAUGAAAUAAAUCCACAUUUCUUGAAAAUAAGUGAAAUGGAACAUUGUUAUUUUUGUAUCCGUCCGUACAGUUGUACGUAAUGUGAAUCCCUAUCGUG